AUGCUCAAUUUCCAUUCCAAGGAGGUUCGGCAACUCCUGCACAACAAGUUUGUGGUCAUCCUGGGCGACUCGAUCCAGAGGUCGGUGUAUAAAGACCUCAUCCAGCUUCUGCAGAGUGACUCCCUGCUUUCCUCUUCGCAAAUGAAGUCCAAGGGGGAGCUCCGCUUUGAAAACGACCACUUAAUCGAAGGGGGAGUUCUGGGGGAGCUACACAAUGGGACCCAGUAUCGUGAAGUCCGCCAGUACCGCACGGACCACCACCUCAUCCGCUUCUACUUCCUCACUCGCAUCUACUCGGAGUACCUGGAGAGCAUCCUGGAAGAUUUCCGGGCUGGCCCACAACCAGAUGUGUUGGUCCUCAACUCCUGCGUCUGGGAUCUCUCAAGGUAUGGCACCUCUUCCAUGGAGGAAUACUGUGGGAACCUGCAGACCGUCUUCAACAGACUCGACGCGGUGCUCCCUGCCUUUUGCUUGGUCAUCUGGAACAUGACCAUGCCGCUGGGCCCCAGGGUUACCGGGGGCUUCCUUAUCCCAGAGCUACGGCACCUGAGCCAGUCCCUGCGCAACGACAUCAUUGAGGGCAACUUCUAUGGGGCCACCCUGGCCAGCCUGCACCUCUUUGACGUGGUGGACCUCCACUUCCACUUCCGCCAUGACUUGAGCAACCGGGUGAAGGACGGCGUCCACUGGAACAACGUGGUGCACCGCAGGAUCACGAAUCUGCUCUUGGCCCACGUGGCGGACGCUUGGGGCGUGGAAAUCCCGGACACAAAGUCUCGCGAAGGCCCAUCGUGCAACGAGCUGUCUCUGUCCUCUGACCGCCUACCAACAUCUAUGCCGCCACCCCCUCCUCCAAUGCCUCUUGCUCGGCUCCAUCAGCCUGCAUUUCAUGAAGACUUCCUCUUCAGACCCAACACCUGGGGGACAUGCGAGACCUACUCUGGAGCCACCUGCUUUGAGGAUUCCCAAGUCCCCCCAUUCCAUCUGGAUGCUGCCAAGCUUAACACCUUCCAGGAUCUCGGGGGUGCUGUGGCCGCCUUUCCUGACCCGAGCCUCCUCCAGCCUUACCCUUCGUGCAACAAGGAAAAUAUCCUCCUGCGCUCUCAUCAUCGAAAGAGGAAGACCCGUGGCAUCGAGAACAGGCAGGGCUUGAUCAUGCGCAGCAAGCCCUUUUGGCAGAAGGAUGUCACCCCCUACGAGAGGGCCCAGCCCAGGAUGUACAGGGAUGCACCCUUCCAGAGGGCCCACCAUGAUUACUACUGA